AUGUCAUCAAUACACGGUGAGAAAAAAGUGUACUUGAGCUCAAAUUCUAUAAGCAAAGCAAAUGGUGUGCCAACAAUGUUGCUUAGCACUAUUGAUCAGUCAGCUGGUUUGUGUAAUGGCACAAGGAUGAUUGCAAGUUGUCUUGGGGAACAUAUCAUAGAGACUAAGAUUCUUACAGGAUGUAAAGAGGGAGAUAUUGUCCUUAUUCCCCUUAUCACUCUUACACCAACUGAUAAUGUUAAUCUGCUUGUUAAGAUACAGAGAAGGCAGUUUCCUAUAAACAUAUAUUUUUCUAUGACUAUUAACAAAAGUCAAAGACAGUCUCAACUAUAUGUGGUUGUAUCACGUGUGACAAGCAGAAGAUGA